AUGGCCCAUAACUCCGUGACUGGGAAAAACAGGAAGGAAGAGCUCCUUCCAGAGCAUGUAAUUGGUGAAGUCAAGAAUAGGAUUGACGUAGUUCUUGAUAUUUGUGAGGCCGGCGGCCGGAUGAGACACGGGUGGCGACGGAGUUUGAAGAAGAAGAGUUGGACACUAGAGUUGCAGUCCCAGGUUCGGUCACAGGUCAUUGACCAAGGAAUCAAAAGAUCGGGCCCUGGAAACGGAAUUCGAAGAUCAGAAGUUGCAGAACGGCUGAGAUGGACAACCGAUGAAGCUACGGCAGCUGAGAUCAGAAUUUGCAGCGGCGAAGCGGCGGAGGCAACUGAUGAAGAAACGGCGACAAAGGUUGAUGAUCACAGCAGCAGAAUCGAAAGAAGGACAGCAGCGAGAAGAACGCAGCUUGAAGCAAAGAUUAAUGGCCGUGAAAGCAGAGCAGUAUCGGAAAUAGUAGCGGCAGCAGCAGGAAUGGAAAAAAAAAUUGAUGGAAAGAGGAAAUUGAGGCCGGAAAACAGAGGAGGGGAAGCCGGAAUUGUAGCAGGGGAAGACGGCGGCGAAAAGAAAUUUGCAGGAGGAUUGAAUCUAAUUGGGUGCAAGAUCAGAAAGCUAAAGGCACAGAUUUGA